AUGACAAGAACUCGAUCAUCCUGGGUGCCAGCCCUGCUGCUAAUCGGCGCAACGGUCGCUCAAGCAACACUUGAUCUUCACAACACCAACGUACGACCCGAAACCGUCGGCAGGCGGAUCGAGGACUUGAUAUCUGGGGUCGACCGGGCGCAGGGAGGUGCCGUAGAAGCACUCAACGUACCUGUUAUCGAACAAGCAAACGCACUGCAUAAUGGGAACAUCGCUGCCAGGAUCGCACAGAAUGGACUGGACGCAAACGCCUUGCUAAAUGGGAUCGCGCAAGGACAAGGCCAAAGGAGCGGGACUGGAGACAUCAGCACAGAUGAUGUCGGUGGAGAUCUUGCGAACCAGAUCGCUGGUGGAGGUUCAACGAGCAUUGACAAUAUUCUAAGCGGGCUCGAUGGCCAAAAACAAGGCGCACCAGCGAACCAGACCAGUAUAUCACAAGGUCAAGGCCAGAGCCCUGCACAAGCGGCAUCACAGGGCGGUAACCAAGGAACGGGAAGCGACAUCAACUCGAGCAAUAUCGCCGGUGACCUUGCAAAUCAACUGGCUCCGAAACCCGGCUCGAGCGAAAGCAGUGUCGCCGACGUUGCUGGAGACCUAGCUAAUCAACUCGCACCCAACGGACAAGGCCAGCUGCCACCACCACCUCAAGCUGAAGCACAACAGAAUGGCAGUAACGCUCAACCUAUUCAAGUUGUUUCAACUGUCAUCACAGAGGCCAACGGCCAGAAGAUCGCAACAGCACUGGUCGAAGCGGCACCUCAACAAGCAGCCGCGCCUUCACCAGCGGCUGCAGGGGAAGCACCAACAGGAGAAUUGUCAUCGGCCCCGGCAGAGGCAACAUCUGCAUCAUCACCAGCUGGAGGAGAAGCAGCUGCUGCAUCAUCAUCAUCAGCCGCCGGACAGGCACCAGCAGAAGCUUCCUUUGCGUCCAAACCCGCAAAGACAGUCUUUCCCGCUGGGAAGUCAGCCCUACCUGCAGUGACCCCUGUUCCUUGGACGAAUUCCCCUAUGGCCGCUGGGAAAUCGAACAGCACGAGUGCCAUGGAGGCUGUUGCUGAGCCUAUGCCGACUGUAACUCCAGCGGAAGGCAAGAACUCUACGGCCUCCGCUGUUGCGGCUCCACCCGCUGCCGCCGUUACUGUUUCUGCAGGAGGCGAGCUCGCGGUUGGUGCACAAGGCGCCUCAAACUCAACUUUUGCCAGUGCCGCAGCGAUCAACUCGGCUACGCUCACGCCCGGAGGUCUUGCUGCGACGACUACGACCAAGGUGGGCAUGGCAGUUACCGUUCAAGCUGACGGUAGCGGUGGAAACGGCACGGCUGGGGUCAACAGUGCCUUGACGAGCGCUUCUUCGGGUGGAGCUGGUGCUGCAGCGGCUGUUACAGUUGUCGCCGGCUCAGGCUCUGGAACGAACGGUACCUCUUCUUCCGGGGCUGCUGCAGCUGCAGUUACCGUUGUCGCAGGAGAUGGAACCAAUGGAACCGCCAACGCAGCUGCAUCUUCCUCCGGCGCUGCCGCAGCAGCCGUCACCGUUGUCGCUGGCGACGGAACCAAUGGAACCGCCAAUGCAGCCGCGUCUUCCUCUUCAGCCAAACCCUCGAUCAACUCAGCGUCUCUCAAGCCCGCUGGUAUCGCAGCCGCGUCAACGACCACAGCUGCGGCCGCCGCCGUCACCGUGGUCGCAGGAUCUGGUGGCGCCGCCGCCGCUACAGCAGCUUCCCAGUGCAACUGUGCUUGCAUGUGUCCAGCAGGUUCCUUUCCCAUGUCUGCACCACAAGCUCAACCCUUCCAACUGGGAUCCAUGAGCAGUGCGCCCACGGAAAGCAAGAGCACCAUGCAAACUGUAGUCGGCGGUGCGGUAACAGUGGUCGCUGGAGGAGAACCCGCUUCUGGGGUCCAACAAGCAGCUUCUACCAGCUCAAGCAGCACCGUGUCUAUCGACUCGGCUACACUGACUCGACCUGGACUUGUUGCAGGAACUACGACAAGUGCGGCUGGAGCGGGCGUUACUAUGUUGGCUAGUGGAUCUGUCCCUGCUUCUGCGUCCACUUCUUCGACUCCUGCUGCGACCUCAGCAUCUUCGUCCAUCUUGCCCUCUGUUGAGGUAUCGCUCGCAAGCGCAUCAUCAUCUUCCUCUUCUGCUCCAUCAGCAACAACAAGUGCAGUUGCUCAAAGCCAAGUCGCAGCUAACGCGCCUGCACCUACGCCCGUCGGAGAGACGAGUUCGGGGCAGGCUCUGCCGUUCGACAUUAGUACGGUUGCGCUGCAGAGUCGGGUUACGGUGAAUCUAGGGAGGAGGUUGGCGAAACCGACAGAGGUUAAGAGAGGGUGGUGGUAG